UUCGAGAACAAUUUGACGGUUAGUGUUUGAAACUAACGAACUUUUGUGUCAUGAACAAAUUAAAAUCUUAAGUUAUAAACAAACGAAAACAAAUAACUCAUGUAAUCGACUAUCACCUUAUAAAACAGACAUUGCCUAAUGAGUGGGCACCGCCAGAGGUGCCCCGAAUCAAUGGGCAAGAACGGAAUCAACACUUUUAGCGAACAUAUUGAGGACUACACCGUGUUAAACUUGUUGGGAAAAGGUGGUUUUGCCUCCGUGUACAAAGCAAAAUGCCUCAAAACGGGGAUUUUUGUUGCAAUCAAAAUGAUCGACAAAAAGCAAAUGCAUGCGGCUGGUAUGGUUGAUAGGGUGCAGCAAGAGGUGACCAUACAUUACAGGCUCAAACAUCCUUCUAUAUUGGAAUUGUACACAUUUUUUGAGGAUGCAAACUAUGUUUACUUGGUUUUGGAGCUUUGCCAUAAUGGGGAGUUACAAAAAUUCUUAAAAACCAAUACAGAGAAUCAUUGUUUGUCUGAGAUUGAGGCAAGCAAUGUUAUUCGACAAGUGGUUGAAGGGUUGCAAUAUCUUCACUCACAUAACAUUCUGCAUAGAGAUAUGUCUUUAUCAAACCUCCUGCUGACACAAGACAUGCAAGUUAAAAUUGCUGAUUUUGGUCUGGCAACCCAAUUAACACGUCCAGAUGAGAAACACAUGACGAUGUGUGGCACACCAAACUUUAUCUCUCCAGAAGUAGCAUCUCGCGGUUCUCAUGGCUUGGAAGCUGAUGUUUGGGGCAUUGGUUGCCUCUUAUAUACUCUUCUUGUGGGUCGUCCACCAUUUGAUACACAAGCAGUGAAAAGUACGCUCACCAGAGUUGUCAUGGCGAAAUAUGAUCUACCAGCGCAUCUUUCAAUGGAGGCGAAGGAUUUAAUCAAUGCUCUUCUGCAGAAAAAUCCUAAAGACCGACUUAAAUUGGUGCAGAUCUUAGAUCAUUCAUUUAUUAAACGCAGUACAUUAGCAAAUGGUAUGACUUCGAAUUUAACACACGAUUCAGGAAUACACACAAUGUCAAGUCGACGGGAUUCGGCUUUCAGCGACUUUGGAUACAAGAAUACCAAUCAUUUACAACCAAUUCGUCGAAGUGCAAGUGAUUUAUUCCCAUCCAACAACGAAUCACAUCCGACAUUCUUGCCUAAUAGUGCCAGUAGUCAUAGCGUUGAUCGUUUCGAACGUUUGUGUUAUCAAAAUAAUCAACGUCCACAAUCUGCCACACCUUUAACAGGAAAUUUUUACGCAUCUGCGAAUAGUGGACAUGAUCAACGUCAGUUUUCUGCAGGCGCAUCGUCUUUGAAUGCACCUUUAAGAGAUAAAUGUGGGAGUAGUAAUGGUGGUAGUCUUAAUCGCCAUUUUGGAAAUAAUAACGAAGAAGUUUUAAGAGAUACAGGGCAGUUUUAUGCAAAUCAACAGGCGCCAAGUCCACCCGUUGAUGAUUUAAAUGGGAUUUUACAGACUGUUCAUACUAGUAUUGCGAAUUCACAAGCACAAUCACAAUCCACACGAAAUGUCUUUACAUCUUAUCAACAAUCAACUGAAAACCCAAAACCACGCACAAAAGGACCAAUAAAACUCAUCGCCCAUCGAUUAUUACCCACACGACAUCAAACAAACAACGCUGUGUUGUCCAUCCUCGACGGCGGAGAAGUUUGCAUCGAAUUCAUCAAAAAACGCGGAAUGGUUUGUGAAGUAUGCCGAAUUUCCGCUGAUGGACAACGCGUUGUUCUCUAUGAACCUGACAAUGGUCGCGGAGUACCUCCCUCAAGCCAACCUCCUGAAUUACCAUUACAAGGAACUGACCAAAUCUUCAGCUUUGAAAGUUUACCAGAAAAACACUGGAAGAAAUACAUGUACGCAUACAAGUUUGUGGAGUUAGUAAGAGCAAAAACACCAAAGAUCACAUUCUACACAGACAAAGCAAAAUGUUUACUCAUGGAAAACCUAGUGGGUUUCGAAGCUUGUUUCUAUGAAGGUGGAAAAGUAACUCAAAGUGCCGGAGAUGGUAUUACAUUGAUAGACGCGCACGGCCGGCGUGUGAAUGUACAAAGCGCUGAGCAGUGUAAGGAUUUGACUGGAGGAAUGGCGAUAUUAUGGGCACAUGCGGAUGAAUCGCGCAAUCAUUGCGUGUUGUUGGAGAGGACGUUGACACAACUGCCUGGACAGUGCAACUUUCCGAUUAUUGUCGGUCGCAGGCCUUUGAAUAUUAAUAAAGAGAAUACACCUGCACCAAUUUCUCUGGAUACAUUUUCUGGUACGAAUAUUGUUAUGCCAAGAGAAUUGACAAGUGGGUCAUCUUCAAGUCGUGAGAAAAAAGUUUCUGUACCCGGAAUAGGGGUAGCCACGCAGUUGACAAGUGGAGAGGUGAUGGUGCGUUUCCUAGAUGGGACUAAAUUAUGGGUAGACGGUAAACAUCGUGUGAAAUACCAGUAUGGCGACGGUGAAGUUGUGAAAUUCACCGAUUCAGAGGUUAUACCACGCGCCAUCAUUGAGAAAAUGCAGCAUAUGCCGAAGGUGCUGGCGCAGCUUCAACCGCCAAGCUUCAAGCAUCGCAAUCUUCGCACGUGAAGCAAGAGAAGAUAUUAUUUUAGUUUAUUUACGUUUUAAAUAUUAAUGAAUUUUAAUAUAAAUAUAUUUUUAUGUAUUAAUCGCACAUACAAAACAUACAAAAGUA